AUGUCUACCAGACGGACAACUUCAAGCAAAGACCUCUUUACUCCACUCUCUGACCCAGACGCUGCUUUUCACGUGGCAAACGCUGAAAAACGUCGCCUGAAAGCGGCUCGCUCUGAGGAAACGGCAGCUAUAAACGUUCCUGCUGAAACUCGUGCUGAGAGCACAGCAAGCAUAAAGGAACCUGCUGAGUUGCCACUGCACGCAUCUCAACCCAUCUCUCGGCCAUCGAUGCCCAUCACAGCCAGCCUACCCAACCCCCCCACCGUCUUCCCUCCCCCCUCCCCCUUUCUAACGCUUUCAACGAUGCAGACGGCAUCGACUUCUAGCACCACAGAUCCACCCUCCGACGUAGCUAGAAGGCCUAUUGCCUUGGCAUCGCCGAGCCUGACAACUUCCACCCCCACGGACCUCUCCAACCCCGGUCCCAAGCCACCGGGCAACGGACAAACAACCGGCAGUGUUGUCCUCGGCAACGGAGAAACAACCCGAGUCCAGGAAAGAACUACCGUCGGACCCGGCGAAAGACCCUUCGUCAACCCGGGAGCCAGCCUUUCUCAAAGCCUAGCGGACCGAGAAGCUGCAGUGGCCGAGCGGAUCGCGAACGCCGACCAAAUAGCGCGACUAGAGGAGGCUCUCCUCCUCCUGUCAGUCAAACAAGAAGGUACCAAACCUCCUCCUCGUCCAACGGACGGCGGUGUUGAUCUACAACGAUUUCGAAUUGCUGAUGGUCCCGUUUAUCAAGGACCGUUUCAAACAGUCGAGCCCUUCCUCAACUGGGUCCGAUCCCUAGAGAUUUUUUUUGAAACAAAGGGUGUCUCCCUUGAUUCGGAUAAAAUCCGCAUCGCAGGAGGCCUGGUUUGUGAAACAAACACCCUCUCCUUCUACGCCAACAAUGCCGCGACCCACAGCCGUGGGUCAUGGAAAGACUUCAAAACAAAACUUUUCGACUUCGCUCUCCCAGCCUUGUGGGAUUCCAAACUUCGCGAACAGAUUGUCAGGCUGGAUAUGGCCGACUCCAAAUCCUUCUUGACCUACAGUACUCGGGCAAGGACACUGCAAAGUCUUGUGAAUUUCAACCAAAAGAUGGUAUCCGACUUUGCGCUAGCUGAAGCAGUCACCUUUGGCAUGACAGCUGCACUUAAAGCCAAAGUCCAUGACUUUGAACUCCUCCUGGUAUCACUGUUUGUUUACGGUGGGUUUGAGCGCCGAGCAACAGGCUUAUUCGACAGCAUACCCAAACGGUGUGGAACUUUUCAAGCUAAAGAAAAGAGCUUAGAGGGGAAAAGAACAACUACACAAGGGGAAAUGUGA